AUGGCGAAUUAUCGCCCAUACUUUACUGACGAAAUCUUGUCCUUGGCGAAUUCUCGCCCACAUUUUACUGACGAAAUCUCGUCUUUGGCGAAUUCUCGCCCACAUUUUACUGACAAAUUCUCGUCCUUGGCGAAUUCUCACCCACAUUUUACUGACGUAAACUCGUCCUUGGCGAAUUCUCGCCCACAAUUUACGGACGAAAUCUCAUCCGUGGCGAAUUCUCGCCCAUACUUUAGUGACGAAAUCUCGUCCUUGGCGAAUUCUCGCCCACAUUUUACUGACGAAAAUCUCGUGCUGGGCGAAUUCUCGCCGACAUUUGACUGA